AAACCAAACGAACCUGGCCCUCAGGGGAACAGAAUUUGCCAAGGAAACUGAGUUCUGAUUUCCUCUAAUGAUCGAGGGCAUUAGCGUAACAAGGGGAUAAGUGUCCGGCCCCGGCCACGUUCCCGGUUGACGUCCUCAACUCAAGUACGCGCGGCAACAGCGUCCCGCCGAUUAAGCGUUGCCUCGUCGUCGGCGUCGUAAUCGCCGGAAGAGGAAGGAGAAGGGGGAAGAGGAGACCCCGCGGGGCGCGUGCGAGGGAGGAUGAGCACGUCUGCGCGAACGCGCGUGGGGAGGUAUGAGAUGGGGAGGACCCUCGGGGAGGGCAGCUUCGCGAAGGUGAAGUUCGCGAGGAACGUCGCCACGGGCGACAUCGUCGCUAUCAAGAUUCUCGACAAAGAGCAGGUCCUCCGCCACAAGAUGAUCGAGCAGAUAAAACGAGAAAUUUCCACCAUGAAGCUGAUCAAGCAUCCAAACGUCGUCCAGCUUUAUGAGGUGAUGGCAAGCAAAACAAAGAUAUAUAUCGUGCUUGAAUUUGUUGAUGGCGGAGAGCUGUUUGAUAAAAUUGCUAAACAUGGGAGACUUAAGGAGGAUGAAGCAAGGAGGUACUUCCAGCAGCUCAUCAAUGCUGUUGAUUAUUGUCACAGCAGAGGCGUAUUCCACAGGGAUUUGAAGCCUGAAAAUUUGUUGCUUGAUUCCUAUGGCGCCCUUAAGGUUUCAGACUUUGGACUAAGUGCCUUGUCACAGCAAGUGCGGGAGGAUGGCCUCCUUCAUACUGCUUGCGGAACACCAAACUAUGUUGCUCCUGAGGUUCUAAAGGAUAAAGGCUAUGAUGGUACUACUGCUGAUGUGUGGUCCUGUGGCGUCAUUCUGUUUGUUCUUAUGGCCGGUUACCUGCCUUUUGAUGAGGCAAACCACACAGCUUUAUACAAAAAAAUUUACAAAGCAGAAUUCACAUGUCCUUCAUGGUUUUCUUCAAAUGCAAAGAAGCUGAUUCAUCGCAUUCUUGACCCCAAUCCUUUGACGCGUAUAAAAAUUUCGGAAAUUUUGGAGGAUGAAUGGUUUAAGAAAGGCUAUAAGCCACCACGUUUUGAGAAUGGGGAGGACGUAAGCCUUGAUGAUGUCAAUGCUGUUUUCAAUAAUUCGCAGGAACACUUUGUAACAGAAAGGAAAGAGAAACCUGAAUCAAUGAAUGCAUUUCAGCUUAUUUCGAUGUCAGAAGGGUUCAAUCUUGGAAAUCUAUUUGAGAAACAAAUGGGCAUCGUUAAGAGGGAGACACAGUUUACUUCUCAGCGGCCUGCAUCAGAAAUAAUUAGCAGAAUUGAGGAAACUGCUAAACCUCUUGGUUUCAACGUUCAAAAACAGAAUUAUAGGAUGAAGCUGCAAGGUGACAAGAGCGGAAGAAAGGGCCACUUAUCAGUAGCUACAGAGGUUUUUGAGGUGGCACCUUCUCUUCACAUGGUUGAACUCCGCAAGACCGGAGGUGACACGCUUGAGUUUCACAAGUUCUAUAAGACUUUUCAAGCAGGAAUAAAGGAUAUAGUCUGGACGCCUGAGGGUACCGAAGAAGGGAGCGAGAAGCCUGCAAAAUAAUGCUUUUAGGGAACUGCUUGGCAAGUUGGACCACUCCAAUUUUGCUGAGACCACAGAAACAUUGUAAAGUAGCCAACAGAGUAUCAAUUGUCCCCCAGAACGCGACGUGGGGCCAACCGUAAAGACGCACUUCAAAGCAGCAAAACGUUAGUUGCCGGAAGCUGCCUGGAGAGACUACCAGAGUAAGUAGCUAGGCUCUUCAGGUAGCUGGCUCGCGGGAUCCUUAGCAGAGAAUGAAGGCAGAGGAAAUAAGUUGCUGUUGUAGAAAUGUUCGCUAUGGUCCUUGAAGGACAUUGUAUGUUGAAAACAUAACAAAAUGAGAGAGAAAAUAAAUACUUGUUUGAUGAUGGUUUUUUUAACCUCUGACGGGGGUUGCUUGUAUAUAUAUGCAAAAAAAAAAAAAAACUCUUCAAAGCAGUGUACCUUCUUGCUAUUUUUUAUACACACCCACAUUAGAUUUUGUUGA